GUUCGUUUAGACUUGAAAUCGCCAUCUCCCGCUCUUUGGAUGGAGAAGUUCGACUAAUCGGAAUACGUCAAGAAGCCAAAGUCAGAAUUUGAGUAGACUAAAUUGAUUACGGCCAAGCUUUUAUCAGAGUCCACUCCAUAUCUUCAGCAUCUGUCAGUGAGAAUGUGAUGCUUGUGUUUGUAGAUGACAGAAUAACAAAAUGUUACGAAAGGCCGCUGGAAAGCCUUCACUCUUUACCGUGCUUUUCAUGACUCAAAUGUUCCAGAGCAUUACCAGCCACCAGUGUGGAGCAGGCAUUCACUCCAUUUUUCAAAAGAUGCUCAGGGGCCACACCUAUAUGACGAUUGAGAGCCGAGCCGGCACCGUCGCGCUGGAAUGCAGGGAAGCUUGUCACGCUGAUUUCAGAUGUCAAAGCUAUAACAUCGUUAUACUUAAUUCAAAGUGCGAGUUAAACAACCGGACCAAAGAGGCCAGACCUGAGGACUUUGUCAAAGACAAAGACAGAUACUACAUGUCGAGAAACUCAAAACGAAUCCCUCUCGGCUCUAUUCCUGAGCUGCCUGCCUAUUCGUGCCGAGAGAUUAAGGCGAGUGAAGGAGGACAAUCAGUCGGCGGUACAUACUGGUUGGAUUCCACCAGGUCUGGGAACUCUAUUCUAGCUCACUGUGACAUGAAAACAGAAGUCGCAGAUUACUGCAUUCAACACCAGUGCCAAAACAAUGCCAGGUGCAUAAACCAUCACGUGAACUACACGUGUGCCUGUAACUCAUCCGGGUGGACUGGAAACUUCUGUGAGCAAGAUGUCAACGAAUGCAAGAAAGGUCUACAUGGAUGCCAUGCUGACGCCACGUGUAACAACACUGAGGGUUCCUACAAUUGCUUCUGCAAAGUAGGAUUUGCCGGGGACGGAAGAAACAGCUGCAUAGAGUUUAAAGCUGUCUUUACAAACCUUGGUUCGACUGCAGCUGGUGGUCCAAGCUCAAUUGGCAGUCACUAUGCAGGGCAAGAUCAUGACGGACAAACUACCGUGUCCAGCGGUAUUCAAUUGUGGACUGUGCCAUACACUGGAGAAUAUAGAAUAGAAGCAAUAGGAGGUGCAGGGUGGUACGGUAAGAACAGUGUCGUCCAGAACGGAGGAAGAGGAGCCAAGUUGACCGGAAACUUUAUUUUGACCAAAGAUGAGAUCAUCCGUAUACUUGUUGGACAUAAAGGAAAAAGAGGGCCUAACUCCAAAACAACUACAGGAGGCGGGGGAGGUACAUUUGUGGUGAGAGGAACCAAUACGCCUUUAAUCAUAGCUGGAGGUGGUGGGGGAAUUAAAAACAUGUCAGAACAACAUUCAGGAUGUGAUGCAUCCCUAAGCACCACAGGGAAUGCAGGGUACUCCUCGCCAUUGGGUUCAGGAGGAACUGGCGGAAAUGGAGGAGGUAGCGCCGGUAAUAGGCCAGGUGGCGGCGGCGGCGGCUUUUACGGUAAUGGGGGAGGAGGAGGUAAAGGUGGCAAGGGAUUUCUGAACGGUGGAAAGGGUGGAACGUAUAACGGUGGGUUCGGAGGUGGCGGCAGUAAUCCAGCUUACUCUGGGGGAGCUGGCGGCGGUGGAGGUUACUCUGGGGGAGCUGGAGGUACUAAUGAAGAUCCCUCUUGUGGUGGAGGAGGAGGAUCUUUUAACAGUGGAACAAAUCAGGAAAAUGAAUGUUGUCAUAAUACGGCUGGAAAUGGUAGAGUGACUAUCACCUUGAUCGAGUGAUCAAUGCAACAAUUUUUAAACAAAACAUAAUUGUGGUAUUUCACACAAUCUUAUAAUUCUCAAUAUCAUGACAAAUUACGGCUUCUGUUAUAUCGUGAUAUUAGUAUAGACAAGGAAUUCUCAGACGAAAUCUAUUUACUUGCAGAU